AUGGCAUUUAAAGACACAACUACGCUUCCCCAAAUCAUUUUAUGGUAUCGCCGAAUGACCACGAAGCUCAGUUUAUUUUUAUCUUCACUGACGUCUAAGACUAUUGAAGCUACAGCAGCAUUAAGUGUGGCUCGAGUUUGCUGUGAGUGGGUGCUGUUGGAGACUUUGUACUAUACGCGUUUUGGGAUUGUUGUUCGCCGGCCUUGGUUGGCUGUACCCUCUCUUCUCCGCCUUGGACAGAAAUCUUAUCCACAGUGA